AUGGACCCUGCGCCCGGCGCCCUAGAUCCCCGCGCCGCGCCGCCCGCGCUCCUGGGCGCCCCGCAGGCCGAGGUGCUGGAGGACGUGUUGCGGGAGCAGUUCGGGCCGCUGCCCCAGCUGGCCGCUGUCUGCCGGCUCAAGCGGCUGCCCUCGGGCGGCUACUCGUCCACCGAAAACCUCCAGUUGGUGCUAGAGCGGCGGCGUGUGGCCAACGCCAAGGAGCGUGAGCGGAUAAAAAAUCUCAACCGUGGUUUUGCCAGAUUGAAGGCACUUGUGCCAUUUCUUCCCCAAAGCAGGAAGCCCAGCAAAGUUGAUAUCCUUAAAGGUGCAACUGAAUAUAUACAGGUUCUCAGUGAUCUUUUGGAAGGAGCCAAAGACUCAAAGAAACAAGACCCAGAUGAGCAGAGCUAUAGUAACAGCACUUCUGAAUCACAUAUAUCCUCGGCAAGACAGCUAUCAAGAAACAUCACCCAACAUAUCAGCUGUGCUUUCAGCUUGAAGAAUGAAGAGGAAGGGCCUUGGGCAGAUGGUGGCAGUGGUGAGCCGGCACAUACUUGUCGCGAAUGUGAUGUCUACGACUGAAAUUAUCUCCCCGACCGGAAGUCUGGAUAGAUUCCCAGAAGUAGAACUGCUGAGUCACAGACUUCCACAAGUAUGAAAAAUGAAAAGGCCCAGGGUUACCUUCUAGAGACAAAUAAAUGCAGUCUUGAAAGUU